AUGUCCGACGAAAGUGUAAGUACCGAUAAUAAUCGAUCUCGCUCACUAUUACGUCAAGUACGUGAAAAAUUCGGUGGUAAUCGACAACGUACGGAAAGACGAGCGGGAUCAUUAUCAGCGGCAUUGGUUAAUACGCAACGUAGUUCAACUGAUCAUGCUGAAACAUCCAAUAACCAAACAAAACUUCAUGUAGAUAGUUCGGCACCAGUUUCAUUUUCGCAUCAUUUAUCAUUAUUAGUCAAUGUUAAAUCACGUUUUCGUAAAACACGAAAAACUGCAACGGCAUUAUCAUCACCGAACUAUGAUGAUCGCAAAGCUUUAUCAUUGCCGCCUACUAUUUCUGAUUCCGAAUCAUCAGUAACAACACUAUGCGAAGUCAAUCAAGAUAUCAAUAAAAAAGAACUUGAUUUAACAUCUCCCGAACUUCCGAUUACUACAACAGCAACUAGACCAAGUACUGAUGAUCAAGUAACAGUUGUUCAACGUAAUUCUACCGAUAUGUCGACAGUUGAUGACGAUAAUAUUUCGCAGUUAAACAGUGAAACAAAUCGUGCAUUGUAUACAAAUCGAAAAAAUUUUAAUAAAUUAAAAGAUCAUAUAACACAACGUGCAAAAACAGUUGUAAGUAAAUCUCCAUCGUUGACAUCACUGUUAACAAAUGUGUCAGUAAAAACAAGUUCUAAUGAUACAAUCUAUUGGAUUGAACUUCAUAUUGAACGAGGCAAAGAUUUAUCGAUUAAAGAUUUUAGUGGUACCAGCGAUCCAUAUAUUAAAGUUUAUUAUGGUAAUGAUGCAAAAUUUGAAACAAAUAUUGUUUUUAAAAAUUUAAACCCAGUAUGGAAUGAAAAAACGACAUUUUUCGUGCAUGAUUUAAAUAUUCCAAUUUAUUUUCAUAUAUUUGAUUACGAUCGUAUUGGACGCGAUGAGUCAAUGGGUUCAGCUAGAAUUGAUCUAUGGAAAGUACCGCUUGAAAAAGUUUAUAAUGCCACACUUGAUUUAGAAAAUGAAAAAAGAACCGAUGGGAAAACGGGUAUGCUCAAAAUGAGUAUUACAAUCACACCUAAGUCACCAGAAUUUCGUGAUGAAAUAAUGCGCACAGUGUCAAAGCAAUUGAAUAGAAAGUCUUCUUUAACUGGUCGCUUAGGAAAUACAAAUACGUAUCCAUUAUUACGACGUACUGUUGAUGUAUUUAUUAUUGAAGGCAGAAAUUUAUCAGUGACUGGUGCUUCGAAUAAAAUGUUUAGUCCUUCUGUUCGUCUUAAAUUUGGAACAAAUAAAAAAUAUCGAACACAAACAAUCAAAUCAACUCUUAAUCCUAAAUGGCAUCAGUCAUUUAUCUAUGAGAUUCUUGCUAGUGAACUGCCUCCAUUAGAAAUAACUGUAGUUGAUGACACAAGUAGUUCUGGAGAACUUAUUGGAAAAGGAUGCUGUAAUUUAACUCAUCUGGAUGAAGAACGAACUCACAAAAUAUCAGUAGAUCUCGAUGAUAACGCUGGCGCUAUUGAUUUAUUUGUAACCAUAACUGGAAUAGCACCAUUACCAGAUGUAACAAAUGAUAGCGAUACUUCUUCAAAUCUUGCUCUAGAUGUUAUGCCAUCAAAAUUAACCGAUGAAGAUAUCCAAUAUUAUAGCUUUUUCUCGUCACUACGAUCAAUAACACCAAUAUUUGAUGUCGGAAAAGUUGAAAUUAAAAUUUAUCAAGCACGCGAUUUAAGCGCAAAAGAUAUCAAUGGUAAAUCAGAUCCAUUUUGUGUUGUCGAACUUGAUUCAACACGUUUACGUACACAUACAAUUUAUAAAACCCUCGAUCCUGUUUGGAAUAAAUCAUUUAUUAUACCCGUACAAGAUAUACAUUCGACGUUAGAAUUAACUAUUUAUGAUGAAGAUACUAAUAAAACGACAGAAUUUAUAGGAAAAGUCGUCAUACCAUUGUUAGCGAUUAAAAAUGGCGAAAAAAGAUGGAUGGGAUUAAAAGAUCGUAAAUGUAUUUUACCUGUCAAAGGUAUUAUUGAAAUUGAAGCCACUGUUGUGUAUACAAAUUUAAGAGCAAUUCUUCGUACAUUUAAUCCCAGACAGAUUCGAUAUUAUCAACAGGAUGGAAAAUUUCGUGUCGGCGUCUUUAAACAACAUAUCAAUCGUGUAAGAAAUAUGCUCAAGUAUGUACUUAAUGCAGUGAAAUUUAUAAAUUAUUGUGUUGAAUGGGAAAAUCCUCUACUAAGCUUUUGUGCUUUUAUUUCUUCACUUAUAAUUAUUUGGAAUUUCCAAUUGUAUAUGCUCCCUUUUGCACUUUUAUUAAUAUUUGCAUGGAAUGCAGUAGUUGAAUAUCGUCGCGGUUCAUUGGGAAAACCUUUUUCGACAUUAGCAGAUGAAACAGUAUCUGCAGUAAUACAGCCGGCAACGAUCGAUGAAGAUGUACUGGAUGGUGAUGGUAAUACGAAAGAACAAAAGAGAUCAUUGUUGGGUGUUAUUCACGGUAUUCAAGAUACUGUUCUUGAAAUUCAAGGUUAUGUUGAUGAUUUUGCUUCGACAAUGGAGCGAAUUAAAAACGUUUUCAAUUUUACUGUUCCUUGGCUAUCCAUUCUUGCUAUCACUGCUUUAACGAUCAUUUCCAUAAUACUCUAUCACAUUCCACUUCGAUAUUUAGUUCUUGCAUUUACUAUAAACAAAUUUACUAAACGAUUUCGUAAACCAAAAGGUUUUAUUGAUAAUGAUGAAUUAGCUGAUUUUAUAUCACGAUUACCUUCCGAUCCUGAACUAUUACAAUAUCGAGAAUUGAAAAUUUUAACACGCAUUCCAACACCGAAAAAAUAUAAACGUACGACAACCAAUGGCAAAUAA